UUUGCAGUGCACGCCACUGAGGUGUUAAAGUUAUCGAAUGCCUGUCAUAGUCCAUUACUAUGCAACAUUGAGAGCUGACAAGUCAAUCUAGAAGUAAGAUUGUAGAAGAAAAGAUGUAGAAGAAAUCACUUGUCCUUAAUAUUUCCUCCAGUGUUAUUUUUCUGAAAUCUUCACCUGGGUCAGCCUACUGGGAAGGAGAAUGAAUCCAAAGCCUCGUCUGCAUUGCAGUUUUGCCAUAGAAACAUAAUUUUGGUGGACAAAUUCAUAUGCAGUUUGAAUUGUGCAUGUUAGUUGGAAGAAAACCAGACAAGUUAAAUUCUUCCUCUCUCCCCAGUGGAACAAGUGGGUUUUUUUUUGUUGCAGUUCUACAGGAAUAGUGUUUGCGUGGUGCACUGUGUGUACAUGUGUGAGCAGUGGCAAUCUCUCCCCCAUUGCAGCUGUCACUUCAUUAGUUGUCUCCCCCCCCCCCCUUGAUUCUCUUCAGUGUAAAACUAGUCAAAAUUAGCUAAACAUUACCAUGUCAGGAGGAAGUUUUGGAGUCUCAGGGGCUUUGGAAAGGGUGUUACAAGGACAGCUGUGAAAUUUCGCAAGGGAGUACUAUGGGGUACUUGUCGUAGCCUGCAAUUAAUAAAUCGUGGCAGUGUUACUGGAAAGUGAGAAGCCAAGAAAGUGCCUUGUGCUCUGUCAUGAGUGACUCCUAUCAAGGAGCAAGGGUCCUACAGUGACCUGAAUGGUGGCAAUAAAGCAUGAAGAGAAAAUAGAGCAAAGUGUUCCAGGGAAAAUUAAGCUGAGAAUUUUUUAAAAAAUAUUUUUUCCACUAUUAUUAUUUUUAAGAAUCUGAUACAGAGAUGUAGAAAUAUUUUGGGGCCCAGUGGAAGGAGGGCAAGUUCAGCAAGUGUAACAAACUGUCUCUAUUGAUAUACUGUCCCUAUUGAUAUCUACUUGCUUUAAUUUUCUUCACAAGCCUUGCCAAGCCAUUUCCCCUCUCAGAAGCUUGAAUCUUGGCUGACUGCCCACAGGCAAGGAACAAAGAAUUUCUGUUUUUAAAUGGUUGGUUUAUUUUAAAAGCAUUCAUUGGCAGUAGUAGGCAAAAUAAAGGGGGAAGGCGUUGGAAAAAAGAAGGUACUCUAAGGUACUUGAGAAGACUUCUUAGACAACAAUGCAAAAUGAAAAUAAUUAUUGGUAGAAAGUGUAAAACAAAAGCAAUUAAAAUAGGAAUGCAUGCAUUUAAAUAGAAACAGCUUCCCAGGAUUUCUAAAAUACUGAAAAAAGGUAGUCUAGUGUUUGGGCUCUCAGAUAAUUUUAUACCAGAGCCACUGUAAGCUUGCUGUGUGGGUUUUCAAGUCGAAAGCAGUAUGUUUGUGCUCUCAACUUGAAGUUCAUCUACAAGACAAAUUGGUGCUGUUCUUAGAAGUCUGUAGGAGAUAAAACUGAUCCUGGUUUAAGUAUGUUUGAGGUAGUCCCAGCAGCUCGUCAGCAGCAACACUGUGUCUGCUUGAUGAGCUGUGACUUUUGUUGGCCCAUAUAUCCUUUGAGUUAUAUGCAUUGAGAGACAGGAACUGUUGGGAGCCCACAAGAUUUUAAUCUUUUUUUUUGUAGAAGAGUAGGUAUUUUUGGUAGUUACCCAGUUUUGCUAUUCCCUUAGACUUCAUGUUUCUUUCACUUGGAAUAUCCAUUAAAGAUGUUCCCCAAAAGGCAGCUAGCAAUAAGGCAAAAGGAUUUUUUUUUCAGUGUGCCAAGGUAAUUGCAAGUCUUGGGCAUGUAGAAGCAGGGAAUGAAGGAACACAUGCAGUAGGAGAAGAUAGAUGUCCUGGAAAAGACACAAAGGCAGACUCCUUUGGCAGCAUGCUCUGAAAGUGGUACAGAACUGCUAAAACCUACAGCCCAGCAGUCUUCGUAGUGCUAAGGCAGCUUUUUUUGCCUAGAAGUGUUCCUUCUUACCUGUCCUUAACAUAGCAGCACAUUUUAUAGUAUUGAUAUUUUCACAUGAGUCUAGCGGCUAUUAGUAUAAACAGAGUCUUCUGUCUACUUAUCUGUAAUGCAGUUUGUAAAGACCCUUGAGUUUCAUCAGCACGUUUUGGUGGGCUGUUUUUUGUCAGGCAUUGCUGAUGUUUUGUCAGUAUAGAUCCUCUUUUCCCUUUCUGCUGUGAUAUUUUUCUGCUGACCAAAUUUUACACUAAUAAUAGGAAUACUGAAGUGCUGAGAGUAAAUUUUAUCAAAAGACAGCUAAAUGUGUUUUCACUUGUCUGGGAACUGUCAUUGCUGUUAAUAGUUGGUUCCAAGUAGAAUAUCCUGCUCUUUGUGGCACUGUGCAGCUGUCUGAGUGAACCUGAUUAAUGAACCCAGGAACCAAAGGACAGUCACCAGUAUGGACAUGCCAGUACAGUGUAGUAGUCACAUUGGCAUCUUCUCAAGAACUUGUGUACUCAUAAAAAUAUGAGGAAUGGGGUACUUCCUUACACACCAGUUUUAAUCAUGGCUCUGUGUAAACACUUCACUUCUUUGGGCACCUGUAUGCCAGCUGCACCUCAUGUAGAUUUUUCACCUACUGCCAAACCAACAGCCAUCAAAGACUGCAAAUUACCAGAAUACAAGUAUCAUUUUUGACAUUCCAAAAAGUCUCAUGUCGUUUUUUCACCUACUGCCAAACCAACAUCUAAGACUGCAAAUUACCAGAAUACGAGUAUCGUUUUUGACAUUCCAAAAAGUCUCAGCAUGUGAGCUCCUGGGCUUUUAGGUGCUUAUUCCAUUGUCUCAUUCUUCUAAAAUUAAUCGUCUAGUGAAUAUGUUCUGUGCUGUUUUGGUGUGUAUCAGUCAUUCUUUAGACUUCCCAUUUUAAUUGCUUCACAGAAAUGACUGAGGGUUUUCCAAAUACCAUAAAGCCAGCCCGUCUACUCUCAGAAUGGUCAGCACGAUUGAUUCCUGUCAGCUGAGUGAUACUCGUAGUUUUCUGUUGGAAAAUUAGAAAACAAAAUACUUUGGAGGUCACAGAGGCAAAUGGGCCAGAGGGUGCACUCUGUAAAUAGAUGCAAAAAAGGGGAAAUAAUAGAAUGGAGCGUGAUGCUACUGUGGAAAUUUUUUCCCUGGUAUUCUGUAAUGCUCAGUGAUUCUUGUCUUCCUGAAAUGUUUGUUGGCUCUUGCAGUGAAGUAUAAUUCUGCAUAUUUGGAGGCAGUUUUUUGUUUACUGAUACAGUACCCUCUCUGUACUGCAGGAUGUUUGUUGCCAUGAAUUUAAUAGUAAUUUCUUGUACAGAUGUAAUUUUAGUAUGGUAAUUUAAAAUUGUUAAUUAAUUUUAUAAACUUUUUGUGCUCCCACUGAGAUGAUAAUAAAUUCCAAUUUUGUACUGUACAAUUAUUUUAUAGUAAUUUUUAAUGUCGGCUUUUAUUUGAACUGUCCUGAUUUCUGUCUGCUGUCUGUUCUAUUGCAUUUUUUUUUCCACUUACUCUUUAUUUGGAUGCAUGCUUCAAGGACUGUGUAUGGCGCUUUUUUUUAAAGAUCUGUUUUGAUGAAUCACUUCUUCUUUUUAUGCAGUUAAUAUCUGGUUGCAAAGCCAGACCUGCUUUUGAAUGCACAGUGUCAUGUUGUUGAUCAUAAUUUGAAAGUGUGGAACAGAUAAAUAUUGUGGUAGUAAGUAAUAGAUGGAGUAAAAUUCCCACUUAUCAGGCCUACUUUCCUAAUAUAUGAGUGUGUGAGAGACUUGGUCUCUAGAGUAUCACUGAGGAGCUGCUGCAAUUCUGUCUUUCAAAAUAUAUGACCAAAGAGGUGACUUUAUUUGACUGUAAGUUAACCAUAUCCUUUUCAUGGUGUUUUUCUUGGCUUUAUUCUUAAAAGUAUUUUUGAUCUUUGAAUCAAAUAGGUUUCUAUCAAGCUUUGGUUUUCUGUGUUCUUUGCAUCUGGAAACUGCUUAUUAAUAACUACCAAAAAUACCUGAUGGACCUGCUGCUUUCCUUUUCUCUUACAAAUAGUUACCGUCAUCUGUCCUGUACAUUUUUCCAAACUAGAAUGUACACAAAUCAUCUCUGCAGGACAGGUUUAAAUUUGCCCUGCAACCAUUUCUAGUGGUUUAGGAAGGCUGAAGUCUCUUGGGCAGGCUAGAAAAAUGAACAUAAAUAUGUGCCAGUCUUUCAUGGGCUCAUUGACUGGCAGAAGUGGCAGUGCUGUAAGGUGAAAUAAGCUUUUAAGGAUUUAGGUAUGCCUUGUUUUCCUGAGGUUGUUUCAGAGCAUGUACAAGGCAUUCCUUUGCAUUAUAGCCUGUUUAAUUUUUGUGUUGUAUGUUAAUAUAAUCUCUUGUUUUUUCUGGGAAUGAGUAAAGAGGAAGACUUUGCAACAAAAUUAAAGAAGGAUGAUUUGUAGAUAUGGGCUAGUUUCCAUGGAGAAGGGUCAGUAUUCAAACUGAAGUCUGAUGCCAGUUAACUACUCAAAUAUAACUUUGCUAUAUUAUGGAACAUAUAAUGCAUUUUCUAUAGCUCUUUCUUUUAUCUUUACUCCUUUUGUUUCAUGUAGUCAAUCAUAUAAUUUAUAUAUGACUGGUUUUGAAAUACAGGUAUACAGGAUAGAGACAUGAUUUUAUUUUGGAGUGGAUGAGUGUCUUAGUUAAUUGUUUUGUUGCCAGAUGGAUGUCAGUGUUGUGGUACCACUGGACAAAGUUGUAUCCACACUGGUAGGUUUUGGCAGUGCUUUUCUUAGAUAAUCAACAGCAAAGGAAACCAAGCUGUUUAUAUGUCUGUGAAAGGCAAACCUAAUGUCAGCUCCUCAUUCAGGAAUUGGUUGUAGCUCUAAGUUCUAAUGUUGUUCCUGGCUUGGGCUUGUAACUUUCAGAAUAAUUUAAAUAUGCACGCUGAUUUAAAGUACUUUGGGAAACUGGCACUUGAAUUGGUUACUUUAGGCUGCUAAUUGAAAAAAUUAUCUGGAAGACAUUCUUCAUGGAUUCUUGGAUUGCCAUUUUGCCUGCAGUCAACUCAGGGGUUUUGUUUGAUUUGGGUGUGUUUUGUUUUGGGAUUUUGUUUCUUUUCUUUCCCUCCUCAGAUUUUCAAAUUUUGUUCUGGUUGUACUGCUUCGUCUUCAUGGUUGUCUGCCUUUUGUCUCAGUCUCUGUGAUUAGAAAUGGAAAGGAACUGCAGCAAGGUGGUAGCUCUGAUGCAUCCUUUUUCCUGUUGCUCUCUGCAGUGCUUUGCCUUUGCCACAAAAGUCCCUCAGCUGCGGUUGGAAGAGUGCCAGCAUUUCUAACCAGGAUAAAUCAGUGUGAAGAAGGAAGUCUCAGCUGCCUUUUUUUCUGCUCAGGGAGGAAUUCCAACUCAGCAUAUUGUAUGGUUUAAGAGAAUGAGGGAGAAUAAAGAUCACAAAGUACACUCACUUUCUUUCAUGUGUGCUGUUGUCUUAUGGGAUACUACCUCUAAAUUACUGAAAACAAAGGUCCAGUCUGAGCCCAAAUUUUGUCAAAACUAUAAUGUUCUUGUCAAGAAGUGCUAACCCUUCAGGGCAACAAGAGGUACAAGAAAAUUCCAGUCCAUCCAUCUUACUCUGCUAUUUCCUUCCUAAUAUGUAUUGGAGCCUGCUGCUCCAAUACUCUUUUUAUUUUUCCUACUUCCAAAUCAUUUAGGCAUAAGCUUGCUAUUUUAUUUUAUUUAUUUUAUUUUAUUUUAACCCCAAGGGUGUUGCAGGGAGUGUCUUAUGAGUCAGUAGAAGUGCAUGCACUUCAGCGGGAAAGAGGAGACCAAUUCUCCAGAACUUUGAGAUUACACUGGAAUUCAUGAAGAGGGAAUGACCUUUAAAAAUUUGUAGGAAAAGUGGCAAGUACAAGUAGUUUUCUUCAUUUUCAUAGACCUUGCUCUGAGUUCCUUUACCUCAUGUCACUAUAUGGAUGUUAUGCAAUUUCCCAGCAGGUUAAGUCCUUGAUUUCCAUUCGUUUCAGUAGUCAGCAUGUGCACUGUGAAUCAGACAUACAUGGCGAUGGCCCAGUCUGCAAUUCCUGCUGCUGCUUGGCAGGAGUUUAUUCAAUCUGUUCUUCUUGGCUAGACCUCUUAUCCUGGCUUGUGGUCUUAUUUACAGAGUGAUGGCAGAGUUAUUUCUGCUCCAAAGGACUGUAGUGAUAUUGUCUAAAUGCUUCAGGACGAGAUAUGGCUGGAGAUCUGUGGAGAGGUGAACUCAAGAGUUACCUGUUCUUUUCAGUCUUUUUUUUUUAAAUGGAAGAAGCAGAGACUGUUUGGAAUGAGGUUUGAAACUUAGUGUCUUCUGGAGUAUCUCUCCAGAAGACACUUAAGUGUCUUCUUAGUUUGGUUUUCUGAGUAAUCACGUGAAUACUCUUCUCCUGGACCUCAUAAUGUUUUCCACAAUUUUUGAUACUGUUCAGAGAUUAUGUAGAUACAUAAUGAUGUGGGUGCAGUUUAUUCAUUAAAGUCUGUGUGCAGAGCCGUGGAUUUGGCAAAGAGCUAGGGAGAAGAAGUUUUGGUUAGUGUGUGUCUGGGGAAGAUCUGUUUCAGGAAAUCUUAAGCCUCACAAUUCCAGAUAUUUAUGCUAUGGAAUGUAAGUUUUUAUUGUUUUCCCACUUAUUUUAUGUACUUAAGACAAAUUAGUAUCUAAAACAGUUUUAGGGGGAUUAGGCACAUCCCUCGAACAAAGUAUAUCCCACUGCAUUUACAGUGAGAGUUCCUAUUACUGUGUGUUUGCUCUCUGUCCUUGUUCACAGUCACCCCCCACGGUGGAGGGUGAGCUGUUCUUCAUUCAGUGACUUGGGAUUGCCACUUGCAUUAGUGCACUCAGCAGUCAGAGUUUAUGUACUGUCAGUGGCUGCCAUAUGGCAUUUUACACACAACUGGUUGUUACUUUAUGGCAACUUUAGUGUCCAACUCCUGAUGUCACCCCUGCCUUGGGUUAAUCAUUUUCAGAAUAAUUUAGAUAUGCAUGUUGAUUUUAGAGCACUUCAAAAAUUUGCCACUUGAAUCAGGCACGCUGGCUUGCCUGUCGAGAGGAUUAUCUGAAGAGUGAAGGGUAAGCACAAGCAGAGCCCGGCGCCCUGCUGGCAGUGACACUUGUGUUGGCAGCAGACAGUGGGCUGUCAGCAUAAGGCUGAUGGAACUGGUCAGUGGAGGGGAAGAAAAGUGCCAUGGAGGCAGAGUUAGGUUUAGAUGAGAGCUCAGCAGCACAAGAAGUUCGGUCUCAAUAUUCUGAUACAAACUGAGGUGUAAAUGCCACUACAGAAAGUCUGUACAGACAUUCCUGAAGAUGUGUGGCUCAAACUGCUUCCAACUGUCUGAACAUUUGUUAUUUAACUGAUGAAGCUUUCCUACCAUUUGCUUUCCUCCUGAAGCCUUCAUCUCUUGAAGGAUCAGAAUUGGGUACUCUAUGGAAUCAAGACCAGCUAAAACAUGAGAAGAUAAAUUCAAGAUGAUCCAGCCAGAAGAUUUUUCACUUCAUAGAAAUAUUAUUUUUGUUUAAUAUGUAAUAUAAUUAGAAAAAGACAAAUUCAGUUGCCUUUCUCGAAGUUAGGACGUGCCUGUGGCCUUCAUCAGAGAUGUUUCUAACAUUUUCAAGAAAAAAUAUGUCCCAGAAACUGAGUAUGUUUUUACUAGUCUUUGGAAUCAUUUGGGGUUUGAUGUUGCUACGCUACACUUUUCAGUAUCCAAGACGCCAAAGCAGUGCUGAGUUGCGUGGACAGAUAUUAGAUCUCAGUAAAAGAUAUGUCAAAGCACUGGCAGAAGAAAACAAAAACCUGAUGAAUGGUGGUGGCGGAGCCUCUGUGUCAGGAUAUGCUGAUCUUAAGAGAACAAUUGCUGUUCUUCUGGAUGACAUCUUACAACGCCUGGUGAAACUGGAAAACAAGGUUGAUUACAUCAUUGUGAAUGGCUCAGCAACAAAUACCACAAAUGGAACUAACCAUCAGGUGCCAGUGACAUCAAACAAACGUGUAAAACCAGCAAGCAACAUUAGAUAGCAAGCAAGCCUGCUUUGUGUUGAUACAUCAUUGAUGGAUAAUAUUUAAGAUAAGCUUUUUUUCUCUGGCUAAGGCAAAGCAGUAGCUGACUCCAAAACAAGCGCAAACUAUUGUAUUCUACAACGUGCUUGGAUCUAUGUAGGCCUAACGUAUGCUUAGGUUCUCAAAGCAUUAUUUCAUUGCCAUUGAGCAGUGCUUCUGAAGUGAUCUUUGUUGUCUCUAAAGAUAUUUUGAUAUGAUUUGAUGUAGUAAGCCAUUUGAUAAUAACAAUACGUGGAAAACAAUGGGAAACUUAUAGGUAGGUUGCUAAAUACACUUAUUUAAGUAUGAAUAUAACAUAUCUUUUGGAUAGGUGAGCAGUAUUGUAGUUUAUUCAUUUUUUGUGAUCUGCAUUAAGCCAAGGUAACUGAGGAAAAUGUGUUGCUAAACAGAUGAUGGAAGACGUGUACAUUUAAAAUAUUUUCUUACUUAUUUACUAUAACAAAAUUAAAUUGAAGAUAGCGUUGGUGGUAAUAUUUUAAAAUUGUGACCCAAAGAAUGUCUCUAUUUGCACUAUCUGUCAGAAUAGUAAAGAGAAUUUACUGUAUAUUUAAGAAAACUUAUUAUAAUAGGAAAACAUUCUAGGUAGUAACACUGUCCAGGUUUAUCUUUAUGCCAGAGAUAGGGCAGUUAGAUUAUCAAAAUAAAAUCAUCAUAUGUGAUAUCUUAGAUUAUUAUUUCUUAAAAAGAUAUUUAUGUGUAUGUAUUUUGUAAUUGCAGAUAAAAUUAUUUAAGUGAUGGAAAUAAGUUUCGAAUAUGUGAAUAUAGUUUAUUUUUAUUCAUUGCUGUUCGUUUUAACAUUUUAAUGCCUUGCAGUUUGUGUUUAGUAUAGCACACCAUCUCCCUGAAUUGCUUUCUUGAUCAGAAGGAAAAGCAAUGAAGGGAAUCAAGGCAUCUCUGCAUUUAACAGCAGUAUGUGUACUAAGGGUGUCUAAUCAUGGAAUAUUUGAGAGCUAAGGUAAUGUUUGCCUUAUAUCUAAGUCAGCCUUACAGCAAAGUGAAUUGCAUGCAGUGUUGGUGCACUGUAUCUCAAAUGUUACUGAAAUAAUAUUGAAGUGCCACCGAACUUGUUUUUUAAACUGUACUGAAUGUUUGGGGGGACAGAAUGUUCAGGGACUUUUGCCAAAAGUGUCCUGUGAGGUUUUGGGAAUGAGUAAAACCAGAGGCACUGGGUGAUAUACCAGGCAAAGUUAUGUGGUUUUUUCCUUUCUUCUGUUUUCCUGCUUAUAUUUGUGAUGGUUAUAAAGGAAAAUACAAUUGCAAUAUUAAUUCAUACUUAUUUAGUAUUCAGAUGAUUCUUUUUGUCACAUUGUGUGUAAACAUGUACUCACUUCAAUGCAGAAAGAGAAAAAUAAAUUUUUAAUUGUACUUGUAAA